AUGCGCCCGACCAGUGGAGUCGGGCAUAAGCCAAAUUUAUGGCUUUUGUUCUUAUUUCGUUUACCAAAAUGUGUUAAACUACGGCAUUUAUUAAUUAUGUGCUUUAUUCCUAUUAUAUUUACUUAUUUACGUCUUAUUAAUCAUGCACCUUCUGAUCAACGAUCAAAUUAUAAAUCUCUCAUAAAUGGAAAAAUUAUUUUUCCUUCAGAAGAUAAUAAUCAUCUUUCAGACAAAUGCAAUUUUGAUCAAAUAGAAUCUUUACUUCAAUAUAAACCUAAAAAUAAAUCAAAUAAUAAUAUUAAUAUUAAUAUUAUUAAUGAUAAUGAUAAUGAUAAAAUUGAUGAUACUCGUCCACAACCAACAAUUGAACGUUUAAAAACACUUUUUUCUAUACUUAUAUUUCAUGAAGAUAAAUAUCGUAAAGCAUUAGAUUAUUUAGGUGUAUUUCGUUUUACUGAUUUAUCUCAUACAUUAAUUCCAUUUGCAAACAAUACUCAACGUUUACAUGAAAUAUAUUGUCUUUUUCAACGUUAUAUAACUAUAUCAGAUAAUGGUCAUAUUGAUAUUACACCACAAUUUAUUGAAUUUUUAAAACAAACAUCAAGUUAUUUAUCUGAUGGUUUUCAUAGUCAUCACCCAGCAUGGAAUACAACAUCAAUACAAAAACCGGUUAUUAUACUUGCAGCUAAUUCACGUUUUUUUGAUACAUUGCAAGCAUCCAUGCGUACAGUUAAUCAAUAUUUUAAUGAUCAGAAUGUUGCUGUAUAUGAUCUAGGUUUUGAUGCAAAUCAAUUAAAUUUGAUCAAAGAAAAUUGUCAACGAUGCAUAAUCAUUCCAUUUCCAUUUGAUGAACUUGCGACAGUUUCUCCACAUGUUCGAAGUUUACCAAAUUUUGCUUGGAAACCAAUUAUAGUACAAGAUGCAGUACGACGUUUUGGUACUAUAAUUUAUGGUGAUACAUCAGUUCGUUAUUUAACAUCAAAUUUUGAUCGUAUAUUAAUCGAUAAUUUAAUACGUGGAUUUUCAUGUCGAGAAUUACCAGGACAUUAUUUAUCAUGUUUUACAUUGAGUGGAACAUUUACAUGGUUUAAUGAAUCAUCUUCAGUAUUCGAUGAUGUUUAUAUAGCUGAAGCAGGUUUUGUUGCUGUUACAGAUAAUUUUCUUUCACGUCUUGUACUUAAAACAUGGGUUACAUGUGCACUUGAUCCAGAUUGUAUAUCACCAUCAAAUUCUAAAACUCAAUGUAAACGUGUGGGUGGAUCAACAGGUAUGCAUCGUUAUGAUCAAUCGGCUAUGGUUGCUGUAUUAUCAUACUAUUAUUUUCAAAGUUCACGUCAAAAUGAUAAAACUGAUCCUGCACCAUAUGAUAUGUUUUCAUCGAUACAACAAAAAGUAGCUGAAGUUCGACGUUUUGAAGGCGAUUCCAGUUAUUUUACUCCUAAGAAAUCCUUGAUAAGAAAUGGAACAGUUAAAUAA